ACCGGUCAUGACCUUCUGUCGGACGAUCUAUAAGGCAAAAGUGGUCUGUUUUUCCCCCAGACGAACCGAAGGACUUUGUACAGACCCCCCUGACUGAAUGGCUGCUGCAGUGCCGAGCGAGUCGCGGCUUCCCGCAGACCUGCUGCAGGAAAAAGCCGCAGUUCUGGGCUGCAGACCCGAGGAACAAGCCUUCGCUGUUGCCAUGGAUACGGAGGACCCCCUGCAGGGACUACGGGAAGAUUUCUUCAUCCCCAAGAUGAAAGAUCUUCCACCUACCGACCCUACACUCGUGUGUGCAGAUGAUGACUGUGUUUACUUGUGUGGGAAUUCUCUUGGUCUCCAACCAAAAGGAGUCAGGAAAUACUUGGAACAAGACUUGGACUACUGGGCCAGAUAUGGUGUUUUUGGUCACUUUGAAGGAGCCAGACCCUGGGCACUGUGUGAUGAAUACGUCAUUGAACAGAGUGCCAGGAUCGUGGGAGCGAGGCCAGAGGAAGUGGCCUGCAUGAACGGGCUGACGGUCAACCUGCACCUCCUCCUGGUGUCCUUCUACCAGCCCACAGCAGCGAGGCACAAGAUUCUGAUCGAGGGAAAAGCCUUCCCAUCAGACCAUUAUGCGAUGGAGUCCCAAAUCCGUUUCCAUGGUUACGACCCUGCCACAAGUCUUCUACUGGCAGAACCUAGACAGGGAGAACAGACCCUGAGGACAGAGGACAUAGUUUCGCUGAUUGAGCGUGAGGGAGAGUCCAUAGCCCUGAUCGCGUUCAGCGGCGUGCAGUAUUACACCGGGCAGCUGUUUGACAUGGAGAGGAUCACUCAGGCCGGGCACAACAAGGGCUGUGUGGUAGGGUUUGACCUGGCCCAUGCUGUGGGAAAUGCAGAGUUACAUCUACAUGACUGGGAAGUGGACUUUGCAUGCUGGUGCACCUACAAGUACAUGAACUCUGGUGCGGGCGGUUUGGCCGGAGCUUUUGUGCAUGAGAAACACGCAGACAGGGCUGGGCACAGGUUCGUGGGCUGGUGGGGACACCAGAUGAACACACGCUUCAGGAUGGACAACAAGCUGGAGCUGUCCCCGGGAGUAAACGGCUUCCGUGUCAGUAACCCGCCGCCCCUCCUGGUCAGCCCGCUCCUGGCAAGCCUGGACGUGUUUGAGAAAACGACGAUGGCUGAGCUGAGGAAAAAGUCGGUGCUGCUGACGGGUUAUCUGGAGUUCCUCAUCAAGAAGUUCUACACCAAACCUGAGAACCCUGCUGAUGGGGAAGCAAACGCCGGGGAACCAAACGCCCGUCCCGCUGGGGAACCAAACGCCGGGGAACCAAACGCCCGUCCGUGGGUGGACAUCAUCACGCCCUCCGACCCCGCCCAGCGCGGCUGCCAGCUGUCUCUCAUGUUCUCUGUGCCGAUCACCCGGGUCUUCACGGAGCUGGAGCGGAGAGGAGUCGUGUGUGACAAAAGGGAGCCGAACGUUCUGCGCAUCGCCCCGACUCCGCUCUACAACUCCUUCUGCGACGUUCAUCGCUUCGUCUCACUGCUCGGGCAGAGUCUGGAGGCUGCACAGUCUUGACAAAACUAGCCAAGGGUUAAGCUUAUAUCAUACGCUUACAUCAUACACUCACACACACACACACACGUCUCGCUGCUGGGGCAGAGUCUGGAGGCUGCGCAGUCAUGACUUACACUUACACUUACACUUAAACUUACACUCACACUUACACUCUCACACACUCACUUACACUUAUU